AUGGCCGGCCUGGCCGGCCUGGCAGCCGCGAGCCGUGGCCGCGCCGUGCCCUGCUGGCCGCGAGCCGUGGCCGCGCCGUGCCCUGCUGGCCGCGGCCCGAUGGCCGGAAUUGUCAACAAGGAGUUUCCUGAGUUGGCCCAGACAGGGCUAAACUACCUGUCAUGGUCCUCGGACUGCGAGAUCUUUCUCCAGGGCAAAACCCUCCCGAGGGCGAUCGGUAAGGGGGCCCAGCUGGCCGUCACUGAUCCCACGUUGGAAACUGAGAAUGCGCAGGCUCUGCAUUUUCUCAGUCAUCACCUGUCACCUACUCUGAAAGAUGAGUAUAUGGCUGAGCGCAGUGCUUCUGGCCUUUGGACCGCUCUUAAGCAGCGACGGUUUGCGGACUUCAAGAUUGAGAAAACCCUAUCCACUUUCCACCCCGACGCGGUCCAGUCCUCACGGAACUACCGCCAGGGGAACUACACGAGGUAUUCAGAGUUGAUUGACGUCCUCCAGGUGGCGGAGGCGCAGGACGAGGUUCUCAAGAAGAACUUUGUCGCGCAACCACUUGGGGGGAGUUCUCGCCAGGAGGUGAACGCUCUCAAAGUCCGCAAGCCUCAACAGAAGAAGAGGGGCCGGAAGGGCAAGAAGAAGGGCCCUCACCCCCCCCCCCCGCCCCCCGGCUAA